AUGAAAGUACCGCAUCACGGAGAAAAAGGGACCCAAAAGAGACGGAGAGAUCUCAUAUCUCAUGCCCCCUCGCUGGCUCGCGAUGGGUGUAUAUGUAAGAAAAAGGCAAAUCUCCUCCUCCUCGCUCCUUCCCUCCCUCCCUCCCUUCCCGACGUGGACCCCCGUAUAAGCUCCCAUGCACGCGCCACCCGUGCACGCCAUGGUAUGUCGCGCGCACGCAGUCGUCUCUCGUUUCGCUACGCUGUCUGCGCGUCGUGA